ACGAAAACACAGCAGAAUCCGAACGUGAUAUUGUUCUUCGUUUUUCGAAUUAGCUUCAUACCUUUCCCUGGCGUUUCUUCUCUCAUAGAGAAGAGCCCAGGGAGGUUUCCUAUCAAUAGGCAUUUGUAUUUUGAUCUGUGUUAGCAAAAUUGUACACAUUUAUUCCAUUUCUGUUUUGUAUUGAAACGAAUUUUGGUUUUGGUACGGUUUUCGGGCAUGGCGAGCUCAACGGCGGCGAGGCAACGUGUGGUGGUGGUUGGCGGAGGAGUUGCCGGCUCUAUCGUUGCCUAUUCCCUUCAGGACCAUGCCGACGUAUUCCUCAUUGAUUCGAAGGAAUAUUUUGAGAUUCCCUGGGCAAGUUUAAGGUCCAUUGUUGAACCAGCAUUUGCAAAAAGAUCAUUGAUUAACCACUACGAAUACCUUCCGAAAGCUAACAUUAUUGUGUCUUCCGCUGUUGACAUCAAGAGCUCUCAAGUAUUAACAGCACAAGCCCGCCUAAUUGGAUAUGAUUAUCUCGUUAUUGCCACAGGCCAUACAUACAAUAAUCCUUGCACAAAGCAGGACAAGAUCUGCCACUACCAAGCAGAGCAUGACAGGAUAAGAGCUGCUAAUUCGGUAUUGAUUAUUGGAGGGGGAGCAACAGGGGUAGAACUGGCUGCUGAAAUCACGGUGGAUUUUCCAGACAAGAAGGUGACACUUGUACACGAGGGAACAAGGUUGGUUGAUUUCCUUAGAGAAAAGGCUAGCGCGAAGAUACUGAACUGGCUAAUCUCGAAGAAGGUGGAAGUCAUCCUGGGGCAAUCUGUUGACUUGGAAUCUUCUAUAGAUGGUGCAUAUGUGACAACUGGUGGGGAAACCAUAGCUGCUGACUGCCAUUUUCUCUGCAUGGGUAAGCCGGUUGGUUCUUCGUGGCUAAAGGAGACUUUCUUGAAUGAUAGCUUGGAUGACAAUGGAAGAUUGCUCGUUGAUUCAAAUUUGAGGGUCAUGCGUCACAACAACGUCUUCGCUGUUGGAGACAUCGCUAACACUAACGAAACCAAACAAGGAUCUUUGGCUCAAAAGCAUGCAUUCUUGGUUGCCAAGAACUUGAAAUUGUUGAUAUCCGGAGGAAACGAUGACAGAUUGGCUGCAUAUAAGCCGUCGAGUACAGGAUUGGCUAUUGUUUCUUUGGGGAGACGAGAAGCUUUGGCUCAAAUUAUGUUUAUGAGCUACGUUGGACGCCUCCCUGGAUUGAUAAAAUCUGGUGAUCUGUUUGUUGGCAGGACCAGGAAGCAACUUGGCCUAAACCCAGAUGCUUCUUAGUUUACAAGCCACUCAUAUUACUGUGAAUUCUUUCUUGGUUCUCUGUACAAUGUUGCAAAUUAUACUCGGUUAAGUGCAAGCUGUAUAUUAGUGUUAUAUUUUAAAUAUCAAUUUACUUUUUCCAUCU